AUGGCAUCUCAGGAGCCUGCUGAUCAGCAGGACCUAUCCUCUCUUCUGAUUGGACAGCAGAGUGCCUCUGCAGCUCGGAUUGGACAGCAGUGUCCCUCUCCAGCCCUGAUUGGACAGCAGCAUCCCUCUCCAGUUUUGAUUGGACUGCAGGGUGCCUCUCCAGAUUUGAUUGGACACCAGCAUCCCUCUCCAGCUCUGGUUGGACAGCGGCGUCGGUGUCCUGUUCUGAUUCGACAGCAGUAUAGUUCCCCUGGUUUUAUUGGACAGCGGGAGAGUUCUCCUGCUCUGAUUGGUCAGCAGCAUGGUUCUCCAACGCGAUUGGAUGCCAGGAGGAACUCCAUCCCGCCUGCUCAGGCUCUCACAGCCAAGCAUCUGUUGGCAUACCUGCCCCGCCCAACACCUGGGAAGACCAGAUACACGCCGUACUCAAAGAAGGUGGGGAUGAAGGCCGCAGCAGUGGCGGUAGCAGCGCUAAACUCCCACAACAUUCCUGUCCUGUCCCACAGAGUCAGCUCCUUGCAGCCAGCCAUUCCCAGUCUUCCAAGCACUCCGGCUCUUCCCAGUCCACCCGUCGUUCCGGCGCCCCUGGCCCCCCAGACCACCCAGACGGCCCCUCCCCCUACGGUCCAGGACGCUGCAGCUCCGGACGAUUUGAGCAAAGCCCUGCGCACGCUCCCUGGCCGACACCUCAAGCGCUUCAGCUCCCGCUGGCAGGCCAGCGUGCUCGGCUCCGACCGGAACGCCCACCGGAACGCCGAGCAGCACAACGGCCCGGCGAACCCCGCCACCAGCCACGUCCAGCGGAAUCAGCGCUGCAAGCUGCUGGGCGACGAGAGCGCGGUCGUCGUGGGAACGCAGCGGCAGCGCUACGUGACGAAGGACGGCAAGUGCCGCGUGAACCUGGGGCCCAUCGAGGACAAGAGCCGCUUCCUGUCGGACAUCUUCACCACGCUGGUGGACCUCAAGUACCGCUGGUUCCUGUGCGUCUUCACCGCCGCCUACCUCAGCACCUGGCUGGCGUUCGGACUCGUCUACCUCCUGGACGCCGGUCUCCGCGGCGACGUGGCCCACGCCGGAGACCCCGACUGGCCGGCGUGCUUCGAGAACGUGGACGGCUUCCUGUCCGCGCUGCUGCUGUCCGUGGAGAGCCAGCGCACGAUUGGCUACGGCAGCCGGCAGGUGUCUGCGCACUGCUGGGAGGGCGUCCUCCUCAUCAUGGUGCAGUCCAUCCUGGGCUCCAUCAUUGACGCGCUGAUGGUUGGCUGCAUGUUCGUCAAGAUCUCGCGGCCGCAGCAGCGCGCCCAGACGCUCAUCUUCAGCAAGCGCUGCGUGGUGUCGGAGCGCGACGACAAGCUCUGCCUGCUCUUCCGCAUCGGAGACCUGCGCGAGAGCCACAUGGUGGACGCCAAGAUCCGCGCCAAGCUCAUCAAGUCGCGCCAGACCAAGGAGGGGGAGUUCAUACCACUGGAGCAGUCGGAGAUUAACCUGGGGUAUGACACGGGUGGAGAUCGCCUGCUGCUGGUGGAGCCCCAGACCAUCACGCACGUGAUCAACGAGAGCAGCCCCUUCUGGGAGGUGGGGGGCGAGUCACUCAGGAGGGAGCGCUUCGAGAUCAUCGUCAUCCUCGAGGGCAUCGUGGAGGCUUCGGGCAUGACAUGCCAGGCUCGGACGUCCUACACGGAGGACGAGAUUCUGUGGGGUCACCGCUUCGAGUCGUGCAUGCUGCUGGAGGAGGGGGCCUUCCGCGUGGACUACGCCGCGUUCAACAAGACCUUCGAUGUGCACACGUCGCCCUCCAGCGCCAAGGCCAAGAGUGAGGAGAAGGAGAGGGAGGUCAAAGGUCGUCUAACUACAGACGAGUCCUCUUAG